CUGUCUCUCCAUCUUGUCCUUCAUUUAUUUUCUCGUUCCUCAUUCUCGGUGUUCAUGUAAAGAACUAAACCCAGAAAAGUUUUUCUGUUUCCAGCAUCAUUCUCCAUCUGCUCCUCUGGGAUCCUAAAUCUUUUACGGUUUGAUGGGAUAAAUCGUCUGGAUCUCCUCUCGGAGUGGUGACCCCAGGUUUGUCACCUGUCCGGUUGGAGCAGGUCUCGUAGAUCUGGAUGUUUCAUCCUGAUGCUGCAUCAGCAGAAAGCAGAGAACAAACACAACCUGAGGAAGUUCAGAGUCUGAUCUAUGAUCUCAUCAGGAAAUCCACUUUGACCUGAAAGCAUCCAGGUCAGGUGACAGAAAGUUCCCACUCGUUCUUCUUCACCUGGUUUGGAUAAAUCACUCGUCUUCUAGAAAGCGCUCCCUGCGUGAGGCUCCGCCCCCUUUCCUCCCUCCUGGUCAGUCCAGCCGCUCCGUCAGUCUGGGUUCAGAUCGUUUCUGUAGCUAAAGGAAAGAUGUCGCUCCGCAGGCUGCUGGCUCUGCUGGGACUCCUCAUCCUCUGCAAAGGUGAGUCCGGCACCGAGGAGCCCUGCGAUAACUUCACCGACCUGGACCUGUCCCACUGCUUCAUGGGAACCAGCCUGUACGUCCGCCUGCUGCUCUACACGCGCUCCAACCCGGACUGCGGCCGCGAGGUCGCCCACCACCACCUGUCCUCCCAGCCGCUCCUGGACCUGCGGCGCCCCACCGCCUUCGUCAUCCACGGCUACCGGCCCACCGGGGCGCCGCCCAUCUGGAUCAACCGCAUCGUGCGCCUGCUGGCCGAGCAGGAGGACAUGAACGUGAUUGUGGUGGACUGGAACCGAGGAGCGGCCAACCUCAACUACUUCACCGCCGUGACCUACACCAGGGAGGCGGCGCUCAACCUGACGGGCUUCAUCAGAACCAUGCAGGAAGAAGGCGCCUCUCUGAGCUCCAUCCAUCUCAUCGGCGUCAGCCUGGGCGCUCACCUGGCCGGAUUUGUUGGAGCGAACCUGAAGGGAGCGAUCGGCCGCAUCACAGGUUUGGACCCAGCGGGGCCGAUGUUCACCAGCGCCACCCCAGAGGAGCGGCUGGACCCGUCAGACGCCAUGUUUGUGGACGUUCUGCACACCGACAUGAACUCGUUCGGGCUCCAAGGAGCUCACGGUCACAUUGAUUUCUACGCCAACGGUGGAAUCGACCAACCAGGAUGCCCCAAGACCAUCUUCUCAGGUAAAUCGUACUUUGUGUGCGACCACCAGCGCUCCGUGUUCCUGUUCCUGUGCGCCCUGAACCGGACCUGCCGGCUCACCGGAUACCCCUGCUCCUCCUACAGCCGCUUUCUGGACGGACAGUGUCUGCAGUGUGACGCCUUCAAGCCUGCUUCCUGUCCUGUGCUGGGCUACAACGUCAGCCAGUGGAGAGACGCUCUGGUGAAGAUGGGACAGACCAAAGUCUUCUUCAGCACCACGGCCGCCCUGCCCUACCAGAAGCUGAGCUACAGAGUGGAUAUGGUGACGUGGAACCAGUACCUGCGCUGGGGGGUCGUCUACAUCCGUCUGCACAGCGGCAGGAACUUUACAGAGGCCCGGAUAGACCAUAAGCUGCAGCGGCUGGAGCAGUACACCUCCACUCGGCUGCUGGCCCAGUUCGACGAGGAUCUGCAGAACGUCCAGAAGAUCUCCGUUAGGAUCAACACCGGGAACAUCAUCGGCCCUCGCUACAAGAUCAGGCUGCUGAGGAUUCGCUUCACUCCACUGGAGCGACCCGACAGGCCGGUCAUGUGCCGCUUCGACAUCAUCAUGGAGGAAAACAUGGAGGUGGCGUUCAGACCUCUGCCCUGCGACUCUCGCCUCUGACGUUUCCAUGGAAACCAACCCCACCGAAACCCGGGUUGGACUCGGCUCUGACUGGUGACCUGCCGCCGCUGUCGGUCGCCCCUGGUAACCAGAACCAGGAAGUGGACGGUUGAUGCUGAGGACAGAUUAGAACCAGAGGCGAGAUGAAACUCUGGAUUAUUAAUCCAAUCGGCUUCAGUUACUCAGUGGCUGCAGAGGUCCGUUUCAUAAAGAGGUCCGUUAUAGACAUAGCUGCUAAACACAGAACUACAUAUUCAUUACAUUAAUGCAGCCGAUUCAUUGACUGCAUAUUACCUUUUAAAGUAGCCUUAAUAAUUAUUUCUGAAGCCUUUUUUGGCGACUGGCUGCUGAUUUACUCAGGUAUAAACACACAAACUCAAUAAACUCAGCAGAGAAUCAGUUUAAACUGCAUCUUUAGUUAGCAGCAGCUCAUCACAAAGACAAAGACUAUCAUUUUUCAUUUCAUUUUAGGAAGGUAAAUAAUUUGCAGUUGACCAGAAUCUGUUCAUUUUUAGCUUGUUCCAUCCGUACUAAUGACCUGCCUGUUGGAAAAUCACUAAUUUCAUCAGCAAACACUCUUCAGUGUGGAAGGAAAGGUGUGUAUAAACAAAUCAAAUGAAACACAAAAGCAGCAGUAAGUUGUUUAAAGUGUUCAUUCAUGCAGAGAGCUGAUGAACAUUUCACUGCUUUUCAUUUCAUAUUUACAGAUUUUGCAGGUAACAAGGACUUUUUGCCAAUUUGAUUAAAUACCAAAUUGCAGUUGUAAGAUGCAGAAAUUUCUUUUUAUAGUUUAAUUACUAAUAAAAUCUCAUAACAGGAAUGAAAAUCUGAAUAUGGUGCAUCACUUAUCUAGCUUCUCUUUUACAGUCUGAACUAAAAAGUACCAAGAUCUCAUGAUCUGCUAAAUGUCUUAACUCUUCCUGUCCAGAUUAUGAGAACAUUUGAUGUUGUGUUGCUUUUAAUUUCUAGAAACUUUAAAGUUCAGAUCAGUCUCAGGUUUGUAAAAGCACAUUUCUUCUGUCUGUGCCUUUUUUCCAGCAGCUAUUUUUAAUCUGCAGCUUCUUUUAAAGAUCCAUCUGAAGAUGCUAACAUUUCUGCAGCAGUGAUGUGAGGAAUCCUACCAGGAAGUUAUUAGUAGUAAAUGAGCAGCAGAUUCUCUUCUGUACCAGUAAUAGAAAAUAUCUGCUUUUUUGUGCAUUAUUUUCACACUGUGUCAUAAAAUACAAUAAAAACCAAUUAAUCAAUG